AUGAUUGUUGCUUUGAAUUGUACAAAUUUUUUUAAAGUUAUGAAGCUAUCACUUUUAACCCCAUUGAAUCAUCAUAGAUGUUUCUGGUUUAAAUUUCUAGGUAAACCACGGGCUUUAUUAGACAGCAGGGGGAAAAUCAAUAACUACUACAAAUAUUCUGAAAAUGAUAAAAUUAGGAGAUAUUCAAACAUGACAGUUUGUGAUGUUCCAGGGUUGAUCAGAUAUCAAUUAAACUGCUGUGUCAACUAUAUAAUUCAGGGAAAUUAUUGGAACUACAGAAGAAUGCAGUUAUACAGGAAGAACAGAGGUGAAGACAAGAGUAGAAACCACAGCAAGUGGUCAUACUCAACACUGCUGGCACUAACAUUAUUUAGCACCCAGUCAGAAGGAAAGGAAGAGGCAAAGGACUCUGAAUUAAUUACAAUGAUCAAGAGAGGAAUUUUGGCACUGAAGAAAGGAGAACUACAGAAAGCUGAGCAGCUGCUCCAUGUGGCCUUGAAAGCUGCUCAAGAAACUCAAAAUGGCCUGGCUAUCACAUACAUCUUUGACCUUCUUGCUAAUUUGGCAUAUCAGAAGGAGGAAUAUUCUAAAGCCGAGACGCUCUUUAAGGAGGUUUUACAGCGGUUGCUAUCAGGUGGUAUGGCUGAAGAUGACAAUGCUGUUGUAGAAAUAUCCUUGAAGUUAGCCAGUGUAUAUGCAUCAAUGUUUGACUAUGAGAAAGCUGUUGAAGGAUUCCAGUUUUGCAUUGGAACUCAAGAAGACAAGAUUAAAAAAAUUGGUGAGAAGAACCUCGAUGAAGACACAUUAUUGUUGUGGGCCAUGAGCAUGGAUUGGUAUGCACGUUUUUUACUUAAUAUUCACAAGUAUGAUUUAGCAAAAAAACAUUUCCUAAAGGCCUAUGAAAUGAGUGAACGUGUAAAUGGCCCUGGACAUGAGCAAACUGCAGUUUUGCUAAAUGACAUUGGUUCUGUGUGUUCGUUGCAAAAGGAAUAUGCAGAAGCUAUUGAAUACUUGGAAAAAGCAAUCGAUGCAGCACGAGAGAGUGAAAGUUCCGAUAUUGGUUCUUUUUAUGUGAAUCUCGGAACAGUAUAUCUUCAACAAAGUUUGCUUGUUGAUGCAGAAAGGUGUUGUAAAGAAGGUUUACUUUUGUCAAGGAAAAUGAAAAAUGAAGAUGCCACUGAAGAGGCCAAAAUCUGUCUAAAAGAAGUACAAAAUUUGAUGAAAAAGAAAUGAUUUUCUUAUGGCAAUUGCCUUACUCUGUAUAGUAUAUGUUUAGUUAGUCAACAAAAACUGGGUGUUUUUAUAGAAUUUUCAGAAAUUAUGUACUGUAAUUGGAUUCCUUGUUAGCUGGCAAUUUUUAACUUAACAUUUUAUAGCUUAGUGAGGUUUGAAUUGAUCUCAAAUUUGUUCAUUUUAUUAAGGAUAGAAAAUCUGUGGUGAUAACAAAAAUCUAAGUCCAGCAGUAGGCGCUUCAUGCUUAUUUAAAUUAAACUCAUUCCCACUUUGUCUCCUCUCUGUUUACACUUGGGCACUUGAGAGUAAUGGUAGUGUAUGUCUAUUUCAUUGGACUAGACACAUGUUUCUUGGAUUAGUAUCGCUAUCUUCUUUAGUGGCAUGAAACGAACAACCACUUAUCCAGUCAGAAAUACAUAUACAGUACGAUAAUAAGAUACAUAUCAUGUACAUUAUUUGGAUUUUUGCUCAUAAUUUUUUCAGUGGAAUGUUUGUGUGAAAGUUCAUAUUUUGUACAUUGUACAGCAGAUUUAUUGUACAGUAUUGACAAAAUAUUAUAUCUCAAAAGGAAUAUAUGCUGGAAGUGAAUAGAUCUUCAGAUAGUGGGACAGUAAUGCAAAAUAAAUCUUACACAGUUCUGCGGAUCUAGUCCAGAAAAAUAUUUUGCAUGGAUAUAUGUGUGUGUGUGUGUGUGUGUGUGUGUGUCUGUGUCUGUGUCUGUGUCUGUACUUACUAUUCUUGCCUGCAAAAUCAUGCUAUUAGCUCCUGGACCCCGCCUUUCUAACCAAUCAAUUUUUCUUUCUCACAUCUACUACAUCUAUUUCUCUAAUGUGUGCACACAUCCCCAGGAAGAAUCCCAUAGCAGCUGUCUAACUCCCGGGU